GCAAGGUUCCGUUUACUGCUUGUGUUCUGCAAAGCACCAUGAGGUUUCUUUGAGUUGGCUGAGUAGAGUAGUACGUCUCUGGAGUAUUUGGGUUUAUAACUCGGCAAAGAAAGCUGCUGGAUCAGAUUUCGGAGCAGGAGAUGGGAAACAUUGGCAGAUCUGUGUAUGAUGGGCAAGAACAUGGGCUCUUCAUGGAGAAGCUGGAGGGGCGGAUUCGCAACCAUGACCGCGAGAUCGAGAAGAUGUGCAACCAUCACUUCCAGGGCUUUGUGGACUCCAUCACAGAACUGCUUAAAGUGCGUGGAGAGGCGCAGAAACUCAAGGGCCAAGUGACUGAAACCAAUCAGAAGCUGCAGCACAAUGGCAGAGUGCUACUGACGACGAUGGACGAGUUGAGAUGUUGCCGUUUGCAACAGAGGAACAUUGCUACCACCAUCGACAAACUCACACACUGCCUUCCAGUGCUAGAAAUGUACAGCAGACUGCAAGAGCAGAUGAGAGCCAAAAGAUACUACCCUGCGUUGUGCACGUUGGAGCAGUUGGAGCAGAACUGCCUGCCGAAGGCGGGACAGUAUCGCUUCUGCGCCAUCAUGGCUGAGAACAUCCCAGUCUUGCGCACACACAUCAGAGACGUCUCCAUGUCUGACCUCAAAGACUUUCUGGAGAGCAUACGUAAACACUCGGACAAAAUUGGAGAGACUGCCAUUAAACAGGCACAGGUGAGAAGCUCUCUCGCGGUCACACGGCAGCAGCGGGCAGGCAGUGCGUGGAGAUUGCGUAAGGAGGGGGGGUCAGGCACAGAAAUGGACCGUUCAGGUGGCAGCCCUCUCUCAGAAGAGGAUUCUGGGAUACUAGAUGUAGAGGAUGAGGAUGACGAAGAGGUUCCUGGUGCUCAGGACUUGGUGGACUUCUCACCUGUCUAUCGCUGCUUACACAUCUACAUAGUUCUGGGUGCCCGGGAUACGUUUGAGAACUACUACAGGAAACAGAGGAGGAAACAAGCUCGACUAGUGUUGCAGCCACAUUCGAACAUGCACGAAACCUUGGAGGGAUACAGGCAGUACUUCAAUCAAAUUGUAGGUUUUUUUGUAGUGGAGGACCACAUCCUGCAUACAACAAAAGGCCUAGUGAACAGAGCUUAUGUGGAGGAAUUAUGGGAACUAGCUCUGUCAAAGACCAUUGCAGCGCUACGUACUCACUCGUCAUACUGCACUGACCCUGACCUGAUUCUGGACCUGAAAAGCCUUAUAGUCCUGUUUGCGGACACAUUACAGGGUUAUGGGUUUCCAGUGAACCAGCUGUUUGACAUGGUGCUUGAGAUGAGAGAUCAAUAUGGAGAGAUUUUGCUGAAGAAGUGGAAUCAGUCCUUUAGGAAAAUCCUUGAUCAGGACAAUUACAGUCCUAUCCCUACAGCAACAGAAGAAGAGUACCGGCAAAUCACAAGCCAGUUCCCCUUCCAAGACUCAGAACUAGACAUGAUGCCUUUCCCAAAGAAGUUCCCAUUUUCUGAAUUUGUACCCAAAGUCUACUCCCAACUCAAAGAGUUUAUAUAUGCUUGCCUCAAAUACUCUGAGGACCUGCACCUUAGUUCUACAGAAAUUGAUGACAUGAUACGCAAGUCUACAAACUUGCUGCUCACAAGAACCCUCAGUAACUGCCUGCAGUAUGCCAUCAAGAAGAAGAAUGUGGGAUUAGCAGAGUUGGUUCAAAUCAUCGUUAACACGACGCACCUCGAGUUGUCCUGCCACUGCCUGGAAGAGUUCAUCUCCAACAUCACCAACGUGCCUCCAGACACAGUUAACAUCACCAAACUGUAUGGCACCUCCACCUUUAAGGAUGCAAGGCAUACAGCAGAAGAGGAGAUCUACACUAACCUGAAUCUAAAGAUUGAUCAGUUCCUGCAGCUGGCAGAUUAUGAUUGGAUGGCAGCUCAAGGGGGGGGUGAGGCCAGUGACUACCUGAGUGACCUCAUUGCCUUCCUCUGCAGCACCUUUGCUGUGUUCACACAUCUGCCUGGCAAUCCCAUAGAACACGCCAGACUGCCGGGAAAGGUUGCUCAGACAGCAUGUAUGUCUGCGUGUAAACAUCUGUCCACCUCCUUGCUGCAGCUGCUGCUUGAAGCUGAUGUCAGGCAGGUAUCUAUGGGAGCACUCCAGCAGUUCAACGUGGAUGUCAAAGAGUGCGAGAGGUUUGCCAGGGCCGGCCCGGUGCCUGGCUUCCAGGGGGACACUCUGCUGCUCGCCUUCAUCGACUUGAGACAACUGUUGGAUCUCUUUACUCAGUGGGAUUGGUCUACGUACCUCGCUGACUAUGGACGUCCAACCUGCAAGUACCUAAGGGUCAGCCCGCAUACCGCUCUGGCCCUCCUAGAGAAGAUGAAGGACACUAGUCGGAAAAACAACAUGUUCGCUCAGUUCCGUAAGCAUGAGCGUGACAAGCAGAAGCUCAUUGACACCGUCGUCAAGCAGCUGCGGAACCUCAUUGCCAGCCACCAGACCUGAGUCCAUUGAUGGUUGCAUAUCAGUUAACUCGUCCAAUAUGAACUACUUAAUUUGUCACUACCAGUAACAGCACCUACACCACACUGGUGACUGUUCGGGCUUUUGCUUUGUAAAAGAGCAAAAUGAAUAGACUUGCAAGACAGAUGGAAUAAACAAGAAUUGACAAAUGGGUGCCAUGGGUCUUUCAAAAUAAGUAUUUGUUUUACCCAAAGGGUUCCGGCGGUAGCAGUUUUGCAGUCCUUUCUCUAAGCCUUUUAAUGUCUUCCUGACAGCGUCUCACCGGCAUCAGUAUCAGUGAACCUUGAAACUGCUCUCCCAUCUUCCUACAUGACCAUGUAAGCACAACAUAGGGUUACCAGUUAAGUAGCCCUUUUUUUAAACCUGUCUCUAUGAGACUUUGGUUAUUAGCGUCACAUAUCUAGCAACUGCACGUUUGACAAUAGGGACUUUAAGCAGUAAUGGCUGCGGGGAUGCUACAGUGCCCAGUGCAUUUUUGAGUCUGGCUGCUUCAUGCCACGGUAGCCUUUCUGUCAACUACAGCAAAACCCUCAGUUUACCAGUGUCUGUGAGAUUGAGGUCAUUUAGUAGUUAAUUUAAC